ACAAAUUACACACAAUUCGAUUAGACGUAACUCGGCUGUAGCAUUGUGCGGUUGCAUCGAGAAUCUAUGUGCUAAUCACAAUGAAUUCUAAAAAGAGUAAGAAUAAAAAACGUACUAAAGGCGCUAAGACUGCGGAAAAUACCAAAAUAUGUGAACCCAGUGAAGUGAGUGGAGAAACAGAAACGGUGGAUACAAGUGAACAGUUAGUAAUCGAAACAAAUCUGGAAAGUUCAAAUUGCAAUGUGGUAGAGGACAAAACAAAUGUCAAUAAUUUAUUGUUAGUGUCCGAGGAACGAAUUCCAACGCCUACAAAACCAAAACGGAAAAAGAAGAAAAAGCAUAGUGAUAAAAACACAUCUCAGGACGAUAUUACUGAUCAAAAUAACAAUAGUGGAGAAAAAGAAAAAGUAAACCCGAGCAUCAAAUAUGACAUAUCUAUAGAUCAAACAAUUAACCAAAAUAAACAAACUUCUAACGAGGACGUCCUAUCUGAAGGGAUUGAAAAAAAUGAUACUAAGUCGAGUGAAGCUAUUAUGUCUCAGAUAUCAAAGUCAAAAAAGAAGCAGAAAAAGACUAAACAUCGCUUAGAUUCUGAAAUAUCAGAAAAUGCUGACGUCAUAUCUUGCACCUUAGCGUUUGACAAAUUAACACAAUCUGAUGUUACUCAAGGAAAUUCAGAUAUUCCUGACAAGGUUAUAUCAGUAGAUGAAAAUACAACAAAAGAUAAUAAAAUUAGUAAAAAACAUAUAGAAAAUGAAGUUUCUUCUCUUGACACACCAAAAAGAAAGAAAAAGGGGAAAAGAGGAACACCUGCAUCUGAAAUAACAAAAGAUUUGAAUAUUCAAAAUACAGAAAUAACUCUUUUGACUGUGGAACCAAUACAAAGAGAAGAAAUUAUUAUAUUAGACCAACUCUCAGAUGAUAAAGCAGAACAAACACUGGAAAGCUUAAAGCCAAAAGCAAAAAUCGCAAAACCAGUUAAUAAAAACCGAAAAGAUAAAAACAAAACUACGAUCGAAAACAUUAAAAUAUCUCAGGAACUAGUAGAUCAACAACAUGUAGGUGACAUGGAAGUUGACCUCGAAUCUGAUAAAAAUAUAUUACAAAUAGAAACUAACAGCAAUCCAAAUGAUAUAAAAGAAUUAAAAGAAGAAGUCUUAGAUAUUAGUACAGUUGAUAAGCAAGAAUUUAAGAACAUCGAGGUUUUAAAUGUUGAAAUUGAAGAUUCUCUCUCCUCAAGUAUUGAUUUUGUUGACGUGCUACCUCCAAAAAAAAAGAAAAGAGCUAAAAAAGGAAAGUCUCAAGUCAGUGAGAAUAUGAUAUUUCCAGAAACAAUGACAACUUUAAUUGUAGACCAAUCGAAUGUUGGUCAACCUUCAAAUAAAUCACAAGGAAUAAGCGAUGAGAUUGAGGAUUCUAAUAUAACACCAGAUUUAAUUCAAUAUCCACUUUCAAGUAGCCAGCAACAACUUGAUCGUAAUAACAAUAUGGUCAUACAUGAAAUAUCUUCUCAAGGUGAUGUUUCUAAUUUAGAUAUUCAAAUUUCAUCAACACCUUUAGUACAAGGAUCUGGAGAAACUCCAGAUGUAAGCAGGAAAGCAAACCCUAUGGAGGUGCAAGUUACAGAAAUGAACACAGAACAAUUCCCUAGCCAGGAGACACAACUAAAUAAAUCGUCAAGUGAUCGUGAUUUUGAACAAGGCAUGAAAGAUUUAAAAUUAUCAAUAGAAAAAUCGUUUGCCGAGUUAUCAUCUAUGGAUAGAGAUAUUGAAAUGCAAUACCAGAAACUAGAAGAUGCAUCAAAUAAGAAUGACUUCUCAGCUUCAUCAUUUCCAAGCGAAAUUCAAUUUGAUGAAGUAUAUUCAACAGCUACGAAGAAUGACGAAAAGCGUCAAAAUAUUCCAGAGACUUGUACUACGCUACCUUCGUGUCCUAUGAGAAAAGAUAAAGGUAAGGGAAAAUCAAAGAAAAAGGCCACUAAAACCCAGCAAUCAAGUGCAUCUGCUGCACCACAGACACAAAGCGCUACUGAGACAUCACAAACACCACCACAAACAGAUAACAAAGAUAAAACGGAUUCAACAACAGCCAAUUCUAAACAAAAAUCAGACACGAAAUCAAAAACAGCCUCAUUAGCAUUUGAAGCUUAUUAUAAACCAAUUGAAAAAUUUGAAGAUGCUUUGACAUCAAGCACUGAAGAUAUUAACAAAACAUUUGAAAUGAUUGCUUGUGAAGCAGGAGAAGAAGAAAUAAUGAAGCAGAAAACGUUCUGUAAACCAGAAAUAGCUAUAACUGAAUCGGAAGGCGAUAACGACAAGGCAAAAAAUGCGAAACAACAUCCUGUAUCGCAGCCAAAAAACUUCAUUGGCCAACCCAAUAUCCCUGUAACAUCCAAUAAAACUGACUUUAAAAAGGAAAAGCAUAAGCCACCAAGUACUAUCGCAGCAACAGUUAAAAUAAAAGACAGUAUUAAAAUUGACACAAGAAAAGAAUGCAAAAGUAAUAACCGAAAAAUGUCAAUAGAAAAACCUGCUGAAAGCUUUACAUAUAAAACGAAUGGAAGGAGUGAAUUUGUUUACAAGUAUAGUUUUAGAAAAGUAUUUUUGUCAAAUGUCUGCCAUGUUUGUAGAAAGGAAUUAAGCUUAAGAGUUCCUUGUAAAUUUUGUAGUUUGGUUUUCUACUGCAGUCAAAAGCAUAAGGAUGAAGACUGGAGUCUACAUCAGCCAUUGUGUUUUGCCGUUAGCACUAUAACCCAUUUAAAAGAGCAAAAAUUUUUGUACGAAGGCUCGAAAAAUAUAACAGGCCAUGAGUACCGCAUGUUAAGAAUGCAGGCCAUUAUAUCUUGCGAGAAGGUGUUGAAAAGAAAGCUUGUUCCCUGGGAGCAAGAGAUGCUGUUAUACCCUCGAAUCUGCGCUGAGGUGGGCUGCAGAGAGUGGAGGCAGUCAAGACUGACAGACUGUCAGAGGUGUGGUCAGAUUGCCUAUUGCGCUGACCAACCAGACCACUUUCCGGCAUCACAUAAACGAUGGUGUAACUCAUAUUCCCUAUACCAGAAGCUAAUAAACCAUCAGCAGACUAAGGGAAGACUGGAACCCAAGCUACCCAGCAAAGUUAUGAAUGCUCCAUAUCAAAUGCCUGACAAAAUCAAUGGUGUUUUAGCUUCUUUGUAUGAGGAGAAACUUGACAUGGACGAAAUACACUACGCAGCUUUAACACAGAUAGCUUCGGAGCCACUUACAACUGCCUACGCUUAUCAAGUAUAUACGAAGAAUUCUUUAAAUAAAGAAUUUGGGAAGGGCACCAUCUUCACCAUUCACACGAUUGGGGCUGAUCUACAGCAUGAGGUGGAGUCCCCGAAUAGAUGGGAGACGUUCUUUCUUCACCUCAGCCCUAAUAUCCAGGAUCUUCGGGUAGUCCUAAUCAAUCAAAACCUUAAUCCUUCCAAAUUACCCUUGGAUUUACUUAACAAAGUAAAAUUAUGCAAUACCUGCACUUUAAAAAAUAGACAUCUUUUAUUUCAAUUAGAAGACGGCGUAUCUUAUACACAGUAUCAUAAUAGUGAGAGCUAUGUACGGCCUGAUAUAGUCUGUUCUUUCAAUCCUGGAAUAGAUAGAUCUUCAGCUUACAACGGUAAGGACCCCUGGCCAAACACUCUCAAAUACAUCACCAAGCUAAAGGCCCCAUUCCUCAUCACAUCAUAUACUGUCGCGGAGAUGAAGAGAGAUCUGAUGAGGAUGAAGCAGAUCGUCCAAAUGAAGGUGUUGGAAGAAAGGCUGAACAGUUUCGCAAGUGUUAGAGUUGAAAGGAAUUUUUUAUCGGAUGAUGAGAUGCCACUGUUGUUUAGGAAUUAUGUUCUUUGUGUUGUGUGCGGUUUUUAAAUCGACCCUUAAAUCUUACUAUGUUACUAUUCUCUAUAGAUGUUAAUUGUCGGAAUCCCAUAACCUCUAUAAUUCUUCAUCAAAUUUAAUGACUCAGAUACCAUUUUGAUUAUGUUAGGCGAGACACGACGAAAAAUACACAAAUUAUUUAAA